AUGGAAUUCAACCCAUCAGAUCAUCCACGGGCCAGUACAAUAUUUCUCAGUAAAUCACAAACAGAUGUGAGAGAAAAACGCAAGAGUCUCUAUAUAAACCACGUAACUCAUCUAUGUUACAAUAAAAACUAUAAAUCACCAUUGAGAAGGAAGUACAGUUCCUGCUCCACUAUUUUCCUGGAUGACAGCACAGUCAGUCAACCAAACCUCAAGUAUACUAUCAAAUGUGUAGCUCUUGCAAUAUAUUACCACAUCAAAAACAGGGACACAGAUGGAAGAAUGCUCUUAGAUAUUUUUGAUGAAAACCUUCAUCCCCUUUCGAAAUCCGAAGUGCCACCAGAUUAUGACAAACAUGACCCGGAGCAGAAACAGAUUUACCGCUUUGUUCGGACGCUGUUCAGUGCUGCUCAACUGACUGCUGAAUGUGCCAUUGUCACCCUGGUGUAUCUUGAAAGACUUUUAACUUACGCAGAGAUAGAUAUUUGUCCAGCAAACUGGAAGCGAAUUGUACUGGGUGCGAUUCUGUUGGCAUCCAAAGUUUGGGACGACCAGGCAGUGUGGAACGUGGAUUACUGCCAGAUCCUGAAAGAUAUCACGGUUGAAGACAUGAAUGAGCUGGAACGCCAGUUUCUUGAGCUGUUGCAGUUCAAUAUUAAUGUUCCCUCCAGUGUUUAUGCCAAGUAUUACUUUGAUUUGCGUUCCUUGGCAGAAGCAAAUAACCUGAGUUUUCCUUUGGAGCCUCUCAGCAGGGACAGGGCAUAUAAACUUGAGGCCAUUUCCCGCUUGUGUGAAGAUAAAUAUAAGGACUUCAGGAAAGUUGCAAAGAAACGGUCAGUCAGUGCUGACAAUCUGACUGUGGUUAGAUGGUCCCCUGCUAUUAUCUCCUAACAGAGGAGACUGGAAUAUUCCUAUGACGUACUGUUUCAUCCAUCCAUUUUUUUCGGGGUGGGCUGGGG